GACACUUUCCGCGACGCCUAGCGCAUCGUUCAGCACGCACCUUCAGCUCCUACACUCCCCUCUGCGACAAUACAUACCACGUUCUAACUACCCCUACCUGAUUCCGAGGCACUUCACGAGAAAAAGAGGUCCUUUCGCCUCGUAUCCUUCGCCCGUGGGUUCAGGAACUAGACGUGCUCUCAGAGGUUCUCCAGCUGCCGUUCGUAGUUAUUUGCUUUCAGAAGACUGAACCCUCGGGUCAGACUCCAGUUUAGUGGCUUACAGCCCACAACUAAUUUUAGCGAUCCCUUAAAGCUGACAUAUGAGCACUCUAGCGCGUUCCAUGCAAUCAUGGGAGGCAACGGAGCUUAUCCCAGUAUCAGUUUUUUGGAAGACGGACCUGCCCGUAAAUAUUGCCGUCAUAUCUCUCGAGAACGACCAGCCGUUGAAGAAGAUCGUCUCACCCGCCGUCAAGGAUCCCCACAGUCGGUUUUCAGGCGCCGCCUCGUUCCUAGUGGAUGCUUCCUUGCUUAUACCGCAGCCGCAGCUACCAUCGCAGCAGCAGCAGUCGCCGAAGCAACAGGGAUAUCGACGGCUCUUGCUUGACUUAUACUCCUCCGCGACGCCCCUACAUUCCAAAUCGGUUGGCCGUGCGACGAUUUCCCUUGAAGGAAACGUCGCCAGCCAUUUGGUAAAGGGCUCGUACGACGUUGUUCAACCCAGCGGGGUCGCCGGGCGACAGAGCACCACUCGCGGAAUCGCACACGUGCACGUGCGAGCAGGCAAGGCGUUUCCCCUGCCGCGGCGAGGACAACCAGAGUACGCGAGACUGGCCAAUGUGCAGUCGAUUAUGAACCCUGCACGAUUCGCGCUCCCGUACGCUACUCCUCCUGCUACGUCGCAAGGCCGCCGCAACGCGAGUCACAUGCUCAUGCGAACGCGAAACGACCGCAGCGUGUUAGGUGUCUCAAAUAGUGCUCCUGACAGAAGCCUCGCCCAUCCGCACCAGUACAGGAGUAACGCUGUCUCUCAGGAGCCGACGAUCUCGGCGAAAGAGAAUGUUCCGCCCGUGGUGGUCAUACGUAACCCUGACGGCACGCUCGAAGAUCUAGGCUUUUUAGUAGUCGCCAUGUGAAUUAGGUGACUGAUCUCGUGACGUUGGCGUAAGUUAGCUGAAAGUGGUGUUCUGUAAGCCAGGGGCUGAAAGGAUGCUCAGCCCGAGCUCCUGCUCAUAUCGCGUACGACUUGCUGGGACCAGACAGCUGUGUCUCGGUAAACCAUAGAAGCAUUUGAUGAGACGAAGCAUGCAUCUUAUGAAGCCGUUUAGAAG